AGUGUUGAUAGACUCUCACAGUUUAGAGCCACAAAUCAUAACUUUCAAUGCAUUUAUUCAUUAAAAAUGCUUUUAUAAGUUGAAUUCAUGAGUGAAGUUUUCAAAUGGUUGACUCUCAAUUCAUGUGUCCAUAGACUUGAACUCACACGAUGGUAGCAUGAAUUGAAGCACAAAAGAAGCAGAGAAACAAAAUCAAGAAAUAUCCGGUUUUCUAUAAGAUUGGACAGAAACUGGUCUCUUUGAAUAUAUUUUGCGCUCAGUCUCGAGACGCCGCAGAACGUUCAAGAAGUGUCGUUUAUUACUUCUUAUCAUAAAAAAUUUAUUUGAGACUUCAUAAUGAAUUCCAAGAAUCUUUCUUUACUUGUUGUUUUCAUUAGUUGUUUUUUAUUUUGCGUUGGUGAAGAAUGUGGAACAAUAAAAUAUUCCAGUGAACUAAUAUUUGGUGGUCAAUACGCAAAGAGAGGCCAAUGGCCUUGGCUAUGUACUUUGCACGAUUCAACAUCAGACGAAUUCUUUUGUGGAUCAACAUUGAUCAGUAGUCAGCAUGUGUUAACUGCUGCGCAUUGCUUUUGGUCGAAAGGGAACUUUGCUCCAAGUCACGAUGCAACAAAUUCUUACAUUGCUGCUGGGAAGUAUGACUUGAGAUAUUUUGAAAACACAGAACAGAAAAGAAAACUAGUGGAAGUUGUUAUCCAUCCUGAUUGGAAAUACAAUACGGAAAACUUUGAUGCUGACAUUGCAGUUGCUACCAUGGAAUAUCCAGUUCAAUUCACAACAACUGUUCAGCCAAUUUGCCUUCCCAACUUCAACAGUGUAUUGAUUCAUCCAAUGGGAACUGUUGUCGGAUGGGGUAAAUCUGAGACAUCCGGACCAAGUCAAAAUGAUCAUGAAAGCAUUCCGAAGCAAGUUGGUGUUCGUGCAGUCACAAACGAAGAAUGUUUCUUGCACUACAUUGAGUUUGCCAAGAUUUCUUCACCAAGGACAUUCUGUGCUGGUUGGCCAGGACAAAAUGUUGGACCAUGUCAUGGUGACUCUGGUGGUGGAUUUUAUUACAAAGUCGGCAAUGUGUGGUACAUUCAAGGCAUUGUAUCAGCGACAGUUAUUGAUGGUGGUCGUUGUGAUGUCAGUAAAUAUUCAGUCUAUACGAACGUACUGAAACUUGCGGAUUGGAUUAAAGAUCAAAUGCGCACCAAGGUCUACGUCUCUUGGACGGAUAUUCCUUUGAAUUGUGUAUUCAUUCGUAACUAUGAUGGUUUGUAUGGAUGCGAAGUUGAAAAUAUUGUCAUCGAUUCUCCAAACUACAGAAUAGCAAAUAUUCUCGGUACGCACACUAGCGGUCAAACAAACUUAGAAGUCGAAUAUGUUUGGAUAAAGAAUAGCAGAGCGGCAAACAAUAGCUUAGAAGUGUUGGAAGCAAACUUCUUUAAAAAUAAUCACGUUCUCAAAAUUGUAACACUUGAUAAUAACAAACUCACGAAAAUCGGAUUCAAUUUGAUUGGUUACAAGAAUGUUCAGAAAAUCGACUUGCUAAACAACACUUGUAUUGACAUAAACUUCAAUAACUGGAGAAAGAAAAACUCGGUUGCAAUUGUCCAAGCUGCUAUUGACAGAGGAUGUCGUUAA